AUGUCAUUUCCUGCCCAACAGUCCUCUCUGCUCAGCUCCAAACACAAAGCAGAGGACAGCGGGCACAUGGGCAAACAUCACACCUACUUAAUAACAGGCCCUUGUCAAACUGGCCUGGUCUUUACCUACUCAGGCCUCUUCUGUGUGACGAUCAACCCAUACAAAUGGCUGCCCAUCUAUGGCGCCAAAGUGGCCCAGGUAUACAAGGGGAAGAAACGCAACGAAGUUCCUCCUCACCUCUUCUCCAUCUCUGACAACGCCUACCACGACAUGCUGAUGGAGCAUGAGAACCAGUCUAUGCUGAUCACUGGAGAAUCUGGUGCUGGCAAGACUGAAAACACUAAGAAGGUCAUCCAGUACUUUGCCAAUGUUGGAGCAUCUGGAAGCAAAGCUUCCGACUCCAAGGGCUCUCUGGAAGACCAGAUCAUCCAGGCUAACCCAGUGCUGGAGGCAUUUGGCAACGCCAAGACCAUCAGGAACAACAACUCCUCACGCUUUGGAAAGUUCAUCCGCAUCCACUUUGGGCCGACAGCUAAGCUGGCUGGUGCUGACAUUGAGUCUUAUCUGCUGGAGAAGUCAAGAGUGAUUUCCCAGCAGGCUGCUGAGAGAGGAUACCACAUCUUCUACCAACUCCUGUCCGGAAGGAAGCCAGAGCUCAUUGAGGCUCUGCUGCUGAGUCCAGACCCCAAACAGUAUGUGUGGGUGUGUCAGGGAGUCACUGUGGUGGACAACAUGGAUGAUGGGGAGGAACUGCUGCUCACUGAUGAAGCCUUUGAUGUCCUGGGCUUCACUCCUGAGGAGAAGAUGAGCGUGUACAAGCUGACUGGAGGCAUAAUGCACUUCGGCAACAUGAAGUUCAAACAGAAAGCCAGAGAGGAACAGGCUGAUGUGGAUUCCGCUGAGGUGGCUGACAAAGUCGCCCAUCUCAUGGCUAUCAGCUCUGGGGAGCUGCAGAAGGGCAUAACGCGGCCCCGGGUCAAGGUUGGAAAUGAGUUUGUGACCAAAGGUCAGAACCAGGACCAGUGUGUGUAUUCCAUCGGCGCCCUGGCAAAGGCCAUCUACGACCGCAUGUUCAAGUGGAUGGUGACCCGCAUCAAUAGGACCCUGGACACCAAGAUGCAGCGGCAGUACUUCAUAGGAGUGCUGGACAUUGCUGGGUUUGAGAUCUUUGAGCACAAUAGCUUUGAGCAGCUGUGCAUCAACUUCACCAAUGAGAAGCUGCAGCAGUUCUUCAACCACCACAUGUUUGUGCUGGAACAAGAAGAGUACAAGAAGGAGGGCAUCGACUGGGUCUUCAUCGACUUCGGCCUGGACCUGCAGGCCUGCAUCGACCUGCUGGAGAGGCCAAUGGGAGUUUUCUCCAUCCUGGAGGAACAGUGUGUGUUUCCAAAGGCGACAGACGUGACCUUCAAAACAGCUCUGUAUGACAACCACCUAGGCAAGUCCUCCAACUUCCUCAAGCCGAAAGGGGGGAAGAAAGGACCCGAGGCCCACUUUGAACUGGUGCACUAUGCCGGCACUGUGGGCUACAACAUUGCUGGCUGGCUGGAGAAGAACAAAGACCCUCUGAAUGAGACAGUGGUGGGACUCUUCCAGAAGUCCUCCAUGCCUCUGCUGGCUGUGCUCUUCAAAGAGGAGGAGGCCGCUGCAGGGACCAAGAAACAGAAGAAAGGGUCCUCCUUUCAAACUGUCUCCAACUUCUACAGGGAACAACUGAACAAGCUAAUGAGCACCCUGCGAAGCACUGCUCCCCACUUCGUCCGCUGCAUCGUGCCUAAUGAGUUCAAGAAGUCAGGUGUGACAGAUAACCAUCUGAUCCUGCACCAGUUGGCCUGUAACGGUGUGCUGGAGGGCAUCCGUAUCUGCAGGAAAGGAUUCCCCAACAGACUACAGUACCCAGAAUUCAAACAAAGGUACUAUAUCCUCAACCCCAGCGUCAUCCCUAAGGGAUUUGUUGACAACAAGAAGGCCUCUGAGCUCCUCCUGAGUUCAGUUAGCUUGGAUAAUAUGGAGUAUCGCAUCGGCCACACCAAGGUGUUUUUCCGUGCAGGUGUCCUGGCGAAGCUGGAGGACAUGCGUGACGAGCGGCUGGCAAAGAUCAUCACCAUGCUGCAGGCUCAACUCAGAGGAACUCUAAUGAGGAUCGAGUUUAAGAAGAUGGUGGACAGACGAAUUGCAUUGAUGGCCAUCCAGCGCAACGUGAGGAAGUUCCUUCAGUUACGCUUCUGGGGCUGGUGGAAACUCUACAAUAAGGUGAAGCCCCUGCUGAUGGUCGCCCGUCAGGAGGAGACCUUCAAGGCUAAGGAAGAGGAGCUGAGGGCGGCAGUGGAGAAAGUUAAGGAGCUGGAGGGCAAAAUCAAAGAUCUGGAGGGGAAGACGGUCACUCUGUCACAGGAGAAGAACGACCUCGCCCUGGCGCUGGCUGCAGAGCAGGACACCCUGGGUGAUGCUGAGGAGCGCUGCACCCAGCUGAUGCACCAAAAGGUCCAGCUGGAAGAGUCAGUGCAGGAUCUGCGUGAGCGCCUGGAGGAAGAAGAAGGCAACGCAGCCUCCCUCCAUGGUCAGAGGAGGCAGCUAGAGGGCGAACUGACUGAGCUGAAAAGAGACCUGGAGUCUUUGGAGUCCACAAUGGCUCGGACUGAGAAGGAGAAACAGGGUCUGGACUUUAGGGUGCGAACUCUGACAGGUGACCUGAGCCAGCGAGACGACCAGAUCGGCAGGCUGCAGAAGGAAAAGAGAGCUCUGGAAGAACUACAACAGAAAACUCUGGACGAUCUCCAAACAGAAGAAGACAAAGUUAUCCAUCUGACCAAGACCAACAGCAAGCUCAACAGCCAAGUGAAUGAGCUGGAGGACAGCUGGGAGCAGGAGAAGAGGAUCAGGGCAGAGGUGGAGAAAGCGAGGAGGAAGGCGGAGGGAGACCUGAAGAUGACCAUAGAGAACCUGAAUGAGAUGGAGAACGCUAAGCUCGACCUGGAAGAGGUCAUCAAGAAGAGAGACUUUGAGAUCAACAACAUGAACUCGAAGCUGGAGGACGAACAGGCUCUCAGUUCCAUGCUUAGCCGCAAACUCAAAGAGCACCAGGCCCGUAUUGAGGAGCUGGAGGAGGAGAUUGAAGCUGAACGAGCCAUGAGAGCCAAGGUGGAGAAGCAGAGGGGAGAGCUAUCACGAGAUCUAGAGGACCUCAGUGAUAGGCUGGAAGAGGCGGGAGGAGCCACCGUCGCCCAGAUUGAGCAGAACAGGAAGCGGGAGACAGACCUGCUGAAGCUGAGACGGGAGCUGGAGGAGGCAGCACUCCAAUCAGAGGCCACGGCGGCUGCCAUGAGGAAGAAGCACUCGGAUGCGAUGGCAGAGCUAGGCGAGCAGCUGGAGAACCUGACCAGGCUAAAAGUGAAACUGGAGAAGGACAAACAGAGCAUGAAGGCAGAGAUCGAAGACCUCAACGUCACUGUGGAAGUCACUCAGAAAGCAAGGAUGAACUCUGAGGCCCACGCUCAUAAGCUGGAGGACAACCUGGCAGAGGCCAACGCCCGCCUGGCUGAGAUGGAACGCACUCAGACUGAGCUCAGCACCGCCAAAAUCCAUCUGACCGCGGAGAACAACGACCUGAACAGGGAGCUGGAGGACGUGCAGAGUAAGCUGAACCAGGUGACUAGGCUGAAGGCCACCCUCACCUUACAGAUCGACGAACUCAAGCGACAGGUGGACGAGGAGAACAAGGGUCGUAACACAGCGGUGGUGGCCCUGGCCAACGCCCGUCAUGACCUCUCCCUGCUUAAAGAGCAGCUUGAGGAGGAGUCAGAGGCCCGCGGGGAGCUGCAGCGCCUCGUGUCCAAGCUCAACGCCGACGUCACCACCUGGAGGAGCAAGUAUGAGACGGACGCCAUCCACCGCACUGAGGAGCUGGAGGAGACCAAGCGCAAACUUGCAGUGCGUCUCCAGGAGGCUGAGGAGGCAGCGGAGUCGGCUCAAGCCAGAGCGGCCAGCUUGGAGAAGGUCAAGCAGAGACUUCAGGGAGAGGUGGAGGACCUCACCAUAGACCUGGAAAGGUCCACUGCAGCAGCGGCAGCUCUGGACAAAAAACAGCGAGUUUUCGACAAACUGGCGGCUGAGUGGAGCCAGAAGAACGAGGAGCUGCAACUGGAACUGGACAACAGCCAGAAGGAGAGCCGCUCCUACAUGACUGAGCUCUACAAGCUGAAGACGGUCUACGAGGAGAGCCAGGAUCAGAUAGAAACUGUCCGCAAGGAAAACAAAACCCUCACAGAGGAGAUCAAGGAAUUGGUGGACCAGCUUGGAGAAGGAGGCCGCAGCGUCCACGAGCUGCAGAAGGCGAAGAAAAAACUGGAGGUGGAGAAGGAGGAACUGCAGCUGGCUCUGGAGGAGGCAGAAGCUUCACUGGAGGUGGAGGAAGGUAAGCUGGUACGUGUACAGCUGGAGCUCGCUCAGGUCAAGGCCGACAUCGACCGCAGAAUCCACGAGAAAGAGGAGGAGUUUGAAGUCACCAGAAAGAACCAUGCGCGUGCAGUGGAGUCAUUGCAGGCCAGUCUGGAAGCAGAGGCCAAAGGUCGUGCUGAGGCUCUGAGGAUGAAGAAGAAGAUGGAGGGAGACCUGAAUGAAAUGGAGAUUCAGCUUGAGCAUGCCAACAGGAACAAUGCUGAGUUGGUCAAAACCCUCAAGAAGCUGCAGCAGCAGAUCAAAGAUCUGCAGGUGCAGAUGGACGAGGACGCCCGCCAGCACGAUGAGCUGCGGGAGAAGUACAGCCUCCAGGAGCGGCGUCUGUGCUUGAUGCAGGCAGAGAUGGAGGAGCUGAGAGGAGGCCUGGAAGCAUCUGAGAGGGCCCGCAAACAAAUUGAGCAGGAGUUGGUGGACACAACAGAGAGGUUCAGUGAGAUCAGCAUGCAGAACCAGAGUCUGACAAUCCUGAAGAGAAAACUGGAGGCCGACCUUGCCCGACUGUCCAGUGAGAAUGAAGAGCUGAUCUCAGAGUUUCGCUCUGCUGACGAGAGAGCCAAGAAGGCUGUGACUGAUGCAACUCGACUGUGUGAGGAACUUCGGCAGGAGCAAGACCGGAGCUCUCACCUGGAGAAGAUCAAGAAGAACCAGGAGCAGAACCUAAGAGAGCUGACACUGAGGCUGGAGGAGGCUGAGCAACAGGGUCUGAAGGCCGGUAAACGCACCAUCCAGAAACUGGAAACCAGGAUCAGGGAGGUGGAGAAUGAGCUGGACCAGGAGCAGAAGCGCCACAUGGAGACGGUGAAAAACCUCCGUAAGGGAGAGCGUCGACUCAAGGAACUGAUCUUCCAGACGGAGGAGGACCACAAGACCAAUCAGCGCAUGCAGGAGCUGGUGGAGAAACUCCAGAACAAGCUCAAGUCCUACAAACGGCAGAUAGAGGACGCUGAGGAGCAGGCCAACAGCAGCCUGUCUAAAUACAGAAAGACGAUCCAUGAACUGGACGAUGCUGAGGAGCGUGCGGAGGUGGCAGAGAUGACAUUAAAUAAAAUGAGGAUGAGGAACCGAGCCUCCGCCAAAAAGGGCUUCACUUCGGUGGAGAUCGUCCAGGUCAACAAGCCUACCAGUGGAGGUCAGGACGAGUAGAGGGGGAGCGAGACACACACACACAGCUAGCAGAGUGACACACACCCAUUCAGCCCUCCAGAGAACGCUUGACUGAGGAAGUAUGAGCUCAGACACCCUGGGGAAAGUCUUAAAAAGGCCCAGACAGCUCCUGAUAGAAAGUCUUAAAUAAUGAAUUGAGUCUUUAACAUCACCAAUAGUCUUAAUCUAUAUAGUCUUAGUAUUGGUCACCUGUACUAGUCGAUUUGAUCCUGCACGCUAAGUAUGUUUUACUGUCUUUGUGCCUUGAAUGUACCAUUUGUGUCUGUAGUCUUCAAGUGCUUUGGAUUCUACAAUGUUUAUUAGUAUAUGUAAGAGAGUUUAAUGUGUGUAUGUGUGUGGGUGUCUGUGCCUUGCAUGAUCUCAGUUGGUGUCCUUACACUGGCGGGAGGGGGUGGGUGAGGCUGUGCUCUCACGUCAACGAUAGAGAGCCCACCUGUGUGUGUCGCUCCUGCAUGGAAAGUGUGUAGUGCCCUGCAAAGUUUUAAUAAACUACAAGCAAAUGAGCAGAGUUCUGUGGCUUAUUCAGAGGAAAAGGGGCUGGGGAGGGUCACACUUAAUGAAGCACACAUCCUGCAACAAUACAUGUAGUGUUUUGGAGUCUUUAGUUUUAACUGUGUAUGGACAAGACUGCA